AAUUAUAUGAGACAAGGAGGAGAGAAUUGGCUUAAGGUAGCCUCACACUGGCAUCCAGUAUCCACAGAUGGCAAGGGAGUUAAGAAAGAUAAAAAGGGGAAAUUCAUACCCACCAAGCCUACCCUAACUGACAUGUUGACCCCUCCAUCCCAUAUUUCGAUAACCCCUAAUCUAAUACCUCCAAAUUAUACUCAGAUCUAUACCAAUCUGCUCACUACACAUGAAGAAGAUAUAGAGCCCCUCCUUGCUGAUUUCUUGCGCGCACAAUGCCAAUAA